CCAGGCCAGCAGCAGCUGUUGCCUUGGUUUUUAAGAAGGGAAGCCAUACCACGUCGAUUAUUUACAUUCCAAGUGACCUGGAGUUGUUAAAUCAACCAGCAGAGCUCUCUAAAGCCCAAGACUACAUCCGGGACAACUGGGCAGCAGUGGAGUUGACAGCGGUCGCCAUUUACCAGUGUGGUCUGGGCUCCUUGUCGUCCUCCUCCUGGCUUCUCCUUGAGAGUCAUCAGCGGGGUUCAAACAAGAUUUGCUGGUUCCUGAGCUCGGCUCACUGUAGACCUGAACUAUGAAGUGUCAAGAGAUCAAACCAGUCCAGGGAACAACAGAGAUUAGCUGGGAUUUAAAAUAAAACUCUUUAACAAGAGGUCACCUAGAAUAACCCACGUAUGUGUCCAUGAAGAGGCCUGAGGACCGUAUUCGGAGAAGUGCCAACAACAUGCCCAAGCAGGUCGAAGUGCGGAUGCCCCACAGCCACCUCAGCUCGGAGGAGCCGCCCAAGCACCGGAACCUGGGGCUGCGGCUGUGCAGCAAGCUGGGGAAGAACCUGCUGCUCACUCUGACGGUGUUGGGUGUCAUCUUGGGGGCAGUAUGUGGAGGGCUUCUUCGCUUGGCAUCUCCUAUCCACCCUGAUGUGGUUAUGUUAAUAGCCUUCCCAGGGGAUAUACUCAUGAGGAUGCUAAAAAUGCUCAUUCUCCCUCUAAUCAUCUCCAGUUUAAUCACAGGGUUGUCAGGCCUGGAUGCUAAAGCCAGUGGGCGCCUGGGCACGAGAGCCAUGGUGUAUUACAUGUCCACCACCAUCAUCGCCGCGGUCCUGGGCGUCAUCUUGGUCUUGGCUAUCCACCCAGGGAACCCCAAACUUAAGAAGCAGCUGGGGCCUGGGAAGAAGAAUGACGAAGUGUCCAGCCUGGAUGCCUUUCUGGACCUUAUUCGAAAUCUCUUCCCGGAAAAUCUUGUCCAAGCCUGUUUUCAACAGAUUCAAACGGUGACGAAGAAAGUCCUGGAGGCGCCUGAGUCAGAAGAGGAGAGCAAUGUCACAACCUCUGUUGUCUCCCUGCUGACCCAGACUGCGACAGAGGCACCAGAGGAAAUGAAGGUGGUUAUCAAGAAGGGUCUGGAGUUCAAGGACGGCAUGAAUGUCUUAGGUCUGAUAGGGUUUUUCAUUGCUUUCGGCAUCGCCAUGGGGAAGAUGGGCGAGCAGGCCAAGCUGAUGGUGGAAUUCUUCAGCAUCUUGAAUGAGAUUGUAAUGAAGUUAGUGAUCAUGAUCAUGUGGUACUCCCCGCUGGGUAUUGCCUGUUUAAUCUGUGGGAAGAUCAUUGCCAUCAAGGACUUAGAAGUGGUUGCUCGGCAACUGGGGAUGUACAUGGUCACCGUGAUUGUGGGCCUCAUCAUCCAUGGGGGCAUCUUUCUCCCCUUGAUUUACUUUCUAGUGACCAGAAAAAACCCUUUCACCUUUUUUGCUGGCAUUUUCCAAGCUUGGAUCACUGCCCUGGGCACCGCUUCCAGUGCCGGAACUUUGCCUGUCACCUUCCGUUGCCUGGAAGAAAACCUGGGGAUUGACAAGCGUGUGACCAGAUUCGUCCUCCCGGUCGGAGCAACCAUUAACAUGGACGGUACAGCCCUGUAUGAAGCAGUGGCUGCCAUCUUUAUUGCCCAAAUGAAUGGUGUGGUCCUGGAUGGAGGCCAGAUUGUGACCGUGAGCCUCACGGCCACACUGGCAAGUGUCGGCGCAGCCAGUAUCCCCAGCGCUGGGCUGGUCACCAUGCUCCUCAUUCUGACAGCUGUGGGCCUGCCAACGGAGGACAUCAGCCUGCUGGUGGCUGUGGACUGGCUGCUGGACAGGAUGAGAACGUCAGUCAAUGUUGUGGGUGACUCUUUUGGGGCUGGGAUUGUCUAUCACCUCUCCAAGUCUGAGCUGGAUACCAUUGACUCCCAGCACCGAGCGCACGAAGACAUUGAAAUGACCAAGACUCAGUCCAUUUAUGACGACAUGAAGAACCAUAGGGAAAGCAACUCUAAUCAAUGUGUCUAUGCCGCACACAACUCUGUCAUAGUAGAUGAGUGCAAGGUAACUCUGGCAGCCAACGGGAAGUCAGCAGACGGCAGUGUUGAGGAAGAACCUUGGAAACGUGAAAAAUAAGGAUGUGACUCUCAGCAAAUUCUUGAAUAACCUCCCCAGUGUAUCUCAUGGUAAAAGAGGAUAUAAACAAGCUUUCUUUAAAAAGGAAAACAAAACAAA